AUGGCGCUAGCGGAUGACAGGCUGGUGGUGCUUGAGUGUCUAGAACUAUGGCGUUUAAAUCUUGAUGCAUCGGCGCUAACCGAAGUGAUCAGCGCUCAGCAGCUGCCCAAGGAUCAGAACAGUAGGGAGGCCUCCAUCAUUGAUCCUCUGGUCCGAGUGGAGAUAUUCGGAGUUCCCAUUGACCAAUCAAAGCAGGAGACCAAGUAUAUAGAGAAUAAUGGAUUUAACCCUAUGUGGUACGAGACAUUGCAAUUCAAGAUCUACGUCCCCGAAUUGGCGCUGGUCCGGUUCCUAGUUGAAGAUUAUGACAUGACGUCAAGGAAUGAUUUCAUUGGUCAGUACACGCUCCCAUUCAAGAGCAUCAAACCAGGUUACCGCCAUAUUCAUCUCCUUUCCAAGGAUGGCACCAAAAUCCCACCCGCCACACUGUUUGUUUACAUCCGUAUAACCGACCUGGCUAAUCCAGCGCAAAAUGCCGAAGAUUAAUGGACAUGGCUGCCACUGGUCAUCCUUCUGUGUGUGCAGCGACACUGCUGAAGCUCCGCCUUAAUGCUGUUACGCUAUAUUUUGCACUCCCCCUUCCCAGAAUGUUAGUUUGUAUAUACACUUGUAUAUUGUGUAAUUUUUCACAUAUUUAAUGUAGAGGUAGAUAUUUCUUACUAUUCUAUGUAAAGGUUAUUAUGGUGCUGAAUCUACGAAGACAGUGUUACCGCUAUAACCAGGCCGCGUGGUGCCCCAUGAAGUGUUACCGCUAUAACCAGGCCGCGUGGUGCCCCAUGAAGUGUUACCGCUAUAACCAGGCCGCGUGGUGCCCCAUGAACAGUUACCGCUAUAACCAGGCCACGUGGUGCCCCAUGAAGUGUUACCACUAUAACCAGGCCACGUGGUGCCCCAUGAAGUGUUACCGCUAUAACCAGGCUGUGGUGCCCCAUGAACAGUGUUACCGCUAUAACCAGGCUGUGGUGCCCCAUGAAGUGUUACCGCUAUAACCAGGCCACGUGGUGCCCCAUGAAGUGUUACCGCUAUAACCAGGCCACGUGGUGCCCCAUGAAGUGUUACCACUAUAACCAGGCUGUGGUGCCCCAUGAAGUGUUACCGCUAUAACCUGGUCGCAUAGUGGCCAAUGAACAGUGUUACCGCUAUAACCAGGAAAUGUGGUGCCCCAUGAAUAGUGUUACCGCUAUAACCAGGCUGUGGUGCCCCAUGAAGUGUUACCGCUAUAACCAGGCUGUGGUGCCCCAUGAAGUGUUACCGCUAUAACCAGGCCACGUGGUGCCCCAUGAAGUGUUACCGCUAUAACCAGGCCACGUGGUGCCCCAUGAACAGUGUUACCGCUAUAACCUGGUCGCAUAGUGGCCAAUGAACAGUGUUACCGCUAUAACCAGGCCGCGUGGUGCCCCAUGAAGUGUUACCGAUAUAACACAGCCACAUAGUGGCCAAUGAACAGUGUUACCGCUAUAACCAGGAAAUGUGGUGCCCCAUGAAUAGUGUUACCGCUAUAACCAGGCCGCGUAGUGCCCCAUUAGCAGUGUUACCACUAGAACCAGGCCAUUCCAUUAUUGGGCUUAUCUGGUUAAACUCUUUCUAGGAGAUGAGCGAAAUUACAGUAACUUCGAUUCAUCACAAACUUCUCGGCUCGGCAGUUGAUGACUUA